AUGGGGGAUUGGAACUUAUUAGGGAGCAUUUUAGAAGAAGUCCACAUUCAUUCCACCAUCGUGGGGAAGAUCUGGCUCACCAUCCUCUUCAUUUUCCGGAUGCUUGUGCUUGGUGUUGCGGCUGAGGACGUCUGGGACGAUGAACAGAGUGAGUUUGUUUGCAACACAGAGCAACCUGGCUGCAAGAACGUCUGCUACGACCAGGCUUUUCCCAUCUCCCUCAUCCGCUACUGGGUCCUGCAGAUCAUCUUUGUGUCCUCCCCCUCACUGGUCUACAUGGGCCAUGCUUUGUACCGUCUGAGAACACUUGAGAAGGAGAGGCACAGGAAGAAAGCCUUUCUGAAGGCUGAGCUGGAGGGAACGGACCCUGUCCAGGAGGACCAUAGGAGAAUUGAGCGAGAGCUCAGGAAACUAGAUGAACAGAAAAGAGUAAGGAAAGCUCCACUCAGAGGCUCCUUGCUGCGCACAUAUGUUUUCCAUAUCUUGACCAGAUCUGUGGUGGAGGUGGGUUUCAUUAUUGGUCAGUGUGCUCUGUACGGCAUUGGACUGUCGCCUUUGUACAAAUGUGAAAGGUUGCCUUGUCCCAACAGUGUCGACUGUUUUGUGUCACGACCAACAGAGAAGAAUAUUUUUAUGGUUUUUAUGCUGGUUAUUGCUGGAGUUUCUUUAUUCCUCAACCUCCUGGAGAUUUUCCAUCUGGGAAUGAAGAAGAUCAAACUAAUUUUGUACGGAUACAAAUAUGGAGACGAUGACAGUAUGUGCAGGUCAAAGAAAAACUCCAUGGUGCAGCAGGUUUGUGUGCUCACUAACUCCUCACCACAGAGGUUGAUGCAGCUCACGCACAUGACUUGCUCUGUUGUGCCUGAUGCUCAUGGGGAAACUCUGCCUUUGCAUUUGGUCCCAGUGGCCCUUCAGAAUCAGGAGGUCUCCAACAACUCCAACCAGAAGCUUGCACAGAUGUACCAGCCGAGUCAAGCCGACAUGCAUAGUCUGCAACAGGUAGGGGCUGUGGAGCGACGCCACACUCUGGAAAACAGGAAGCCCUCGUGCAGCAGCGAUGAGUCCAAUGGACCUCACGGCUCGAGCAAGCCACGCUAUGCAGGACCUCGACCUACGCUGAUGGCCGGCCACAUGGAGAUUCCAGCAGCCCUGAAGAACCCACAGAGGAAGCAGAGCAGAGUGAGCGUCUGUAAGGAGCUCAGUGACAUGAGUGAUUCUCCAGAGAGCGACCACUACCCUACCCCAGCCAGGAAGUGCAGUUUUAUGUCCCGGGGACUGUCAGAGAGCAAAUUAGCCAGUUUGGCUGACAGCGGAGACUCUCAGAGCGGAGCAGAUGUCGAAACUCAGCUUCUCAACCAGGGGGAGAGCCCAGUGAUGACCCCACCACCUCCAGCCAGUGGCAGGAGGAUGUCCAUGAGUAUGAUUCUGGAGCUGUCUUCCAUCAUGAAAAAGUAA